CUCACUGAACACCCCUUAAUCUGCCUGGAAAUGGUCUUUCCCGCUGAGUCCAGGGAUCAGCUUGUGCGUUUGAGCUACAAUAAGUUUGAACUAUGAACGAUCAAUCCUAAUUUCAGCUUUUACACAUUUAUACUUUAUUCAUUUGAUCAACACGCGAUGUGAAACGACGGAUUUGUUGGCCGAACUGCCAAGAAGCCCCAUGGCAAGCAACUUCAGAUUUGGCUCAUGAUUUUUCUGGCUUUGCACUAAUGGCUGCUCAGUCAAGCUUGCGAGAAGAACUGAACGUCCUGAGGAGAAAAGAAUGGGAACGGAGGAACCAGGAGGCCCUGCAGGACAAGGAGCUGUACCAGGAGAGUACUCCGCUCUUCGGGGAGCCGUACAAGACGUACAAAGGCGAUGAGCUGUCCAUCCGCAUCCAGAGAAUGCUGGGUAAUUACGAGGACGGGAACAAUUUCCAGUACACCGAGUAUGACAGGACGUCCAGGGAUCAGCCGCCCGUGCCGUCGUACGGACAUUCGGGGCGUCCCGAUCACAAGGACAACACGAACCCCUCAUUCCAGAGUUCAUCGUCCUACGGAGGCGCCAAACCGGUCCAUACGAGUCGCGGCUCGGUCCAGCAGUCCAAGAAGCACCUCAUCCCGAAUAACCUGAAUAAAGACGCUCCGCCAGAACGGCAUCAACAGAAAACCGAGUCCUGGGGCGACUUACCGCCGGUCCUUCCGGAUCUUUCCCCGCCUGCGGACCCGCUGUCCCCGUUACAUUCCAGCGACUCCGAGCAGGAGAUGAACCACGACAACGAUGACCACUCGUUUUCCCCUGAGCGGAACAACUCUUUCCGAACGAUUAAGCAGCCUCAUCAUUCGGAGGUCCAGCUAAAGGAGAUCGUCGGAGACGUCCCGCUCAUGACCUCCCAGGCUCUCCUGCCGCCUCUGUCCUCCAAACCCAAUCUGGCCAACUCUCGGAAGCCCACAGCGUUGGUCCCGCCCCUGGACAGGCUGAACCAGGUUCCCAGCGAGUCUCCGGAGCUCAAACCUUCGCCCGAACACUUUCACGAGGAGUCUUACGAGAGUCUGUCCGAUCUGAAGCAGAACAGGCCGAGUCUUCCUCCGCUCAAGAUGCCUUCGCAGACGGCGGAGACGCUGUCCAACGAGGUGCAGAGGGUCAAUGAGAUUCUCAGAGAAAUGACCCACUUGUGCCCUCCUCUGCUAACAGCCAUUCAAACCCCGAGCACAGCAGAGCCAUCCAAGUUCUCCUUCCCUAACAAGCCGGAGUCGCAUGUUCUCUCUGGAUACCAGCAGCCUCAAAAGCACCAUGAAACCAGAGCCAAAACUCCACUCUCACCAGUACGUCCAGAUCCAGUGGUGUGUGAAGAUGUCCGUGCUGCUGUGUCGGCGCCCCCCAGUGGAGGAGAGUCUGCAAGCUCCAGUGAUUCGGAAAGCAGCUCGGAGUCCGAAUCUGACAGCGAGAGCAGCGAAAGUGGUGCGGAGGAGACGCCCGCCGCACCUACGAAUUCAUCACCAGCAAAGACGGAAGGGCCGAAAGACAUCAACUGGCAGUUGAUCAGUUGGAUUAAGGAGAGCCAGCAGAACCUGAACCCUCAGAACCACUCUGACCGCGUUUCCAAACACGACACCAAACCGACUCCCGGCACCAAACCCUGGCCGCACCCUCACGCACAGGAGGAGUCCAAACCCCGACCCAAGAGACACCACAACUCCCACGGUCCCCCCGCCCAGCCCGAGCGGGACGAUGCCGAGUCCGAGCUCAAACCCGCCGCUUCGACCCAACACACCGGUCCCAGACAUAGUUCGGACGCCUGCGUGGACGCUGGAGAGCGGAAAACGACCGCCGAGAAACGUCCGAAAAAGAGCCGCAAACCCCAGAGCAGCCUGCACGUGGAGAGCGUGGAGGUGACGCCGCGAAAUACAGAGGCCACGUUUACAGAGCGGCCGAAAGUGAAGACGAAAUCCACGUCCAGUCACGAGAAGAAACCCGACAGCAGGAAAUCGUCCGGACGUUCUGCGUCUGAGAAGAAAUCCGGCAAAGACGCGCCUUCCAAAAUCGUAAAGGAGCGGAAAGAGGCGCAUGUGGAGCCUGUCCGGCUACCUGUUCCUCCUCCCAAAAGCACCACGAACGAAACCCCGGUUUCAUCCAAGAGCCUCAAGAAGAGCCAGGCGCGCUCGCCGAGGCCGGAGAGAAAGAGCGACGGACUGUUUAAACCCAGCGCUGAUCCUCCUCUUACCCUAGUGGUGAAGAUCCAGCUCAGCCAGCUGUCCAGAGUACCGAAGGCACCCAGGACGCGAACCAGUGCCCAUUCGGAGGCACCCGCGAAGAAACCAGGCCACGAGAAGGACUCCAGUAAAGUGGGAAAGAAGAGAGCUGCUGAACACGAUGAGCCGUCGGUCCCGAUAAAGAAGCAGAAACUGGAGAAACCGGAGAGAGAAAGAAAAACGUCUCUGUCCUCUCAGCACAACACGUCCGGCAAAACGGAGCUAUCGAAGAGCAGCCAUGAGGACAGAAACAAGAAGAAGGAGAAAGAGAAGGAGAAGAAAAGCACUAAAAAGGACCAUCCUGCUUCUCCUCAUCCUCCUGCUCCUCCUGCUCCUCACAGUUCGGGUCACAAACGGCGCUCGGGGGAGGCGGAGGAGAGCGGACGCUCCAGCAGCAAGCACAAGAAGAAGAGUUCCGGCAAAGAGGAGCACAGCAGGAGCAACAAGAAAGCUCCAAAAAUUUGCACAUCGACCUCGGAGACGGCUUCCUCUAGCGGGGCCCCGGCGACACACAGACCCCUGCUCAAAUUCGAGGACAAGCACUACUCGGUGGAUCACCACAUGAAGGAAGCCAAAAAGCUGAAGCACAAAGCCGAUGCCAUGGUGGAUAAAAUGGGCAAAGCUUUCAACUACCUGGAUGCUGCCAUGUCCUUUGUCGAAAGUGGUAUCUCCAUGGAAACGGACCCCCAGACUCCCAAGUCAGCGUACGCCAUGUUCUCCGACACUGUGGACCUCAUCAGAUUUAUUCUGAAACUGAAGAACUACUUGGACCCUUCGGCUCCUGCGUCUGAACGUGACUUUUUGGUCCUCUGCAUGCAAUGCCAAGCUCUCCUGCAGAUGGCGAUGUUCCGCUGCAAGAAGGAAUCGGCGCUGAAGUAUUCUCGAACCCUGACCGAUUACUUUAAGAGUUCGAAGACGGUGCAUGCUCCUUCCCCCUGCAUCUCAAAAAGCUCGUCCCCUGGGUCUCCCAUGCCGUCUCCAGCAGGUUCAGCUGCCUCGAACCCCAGCGGCAGCAGCAGCACUGUGUCCAUUCCCCAGCUCGUCCAGCAGAUGGCGUCCUCCUACGUCAGCAUCACGGCGCUCGUCCUCAGCGCUCAUGAAUCGUGGGAACAGUCGGAGGAACUGUCUUGCUCGUGCGCCGGCGUGUUGAAAGAGCUGGACGCUGCGCUGGGCCCCCUGAGCUUGACGUCCAGCAUGAACUCUCUGGUGCGCUACACCCGCCAGGGCCUCCACUGGCUCAAACUGGACAGCUCCAGGAACCCUCACCCCGGCCCGUGAUCCCACGGCCUGACGGGAACACACGAGGCCUAUUUUAUUUAUUUAUUUUGGUUUGCUUUUAUGUUUUUGUCGUGGCCAAUGAAGAUGAGGGGAGAGAGGAGGGCCGACGACCACGCCCUCAGAUUCCUUUUGCACUUUGAACGAAACCGAGUUUGUAUUUAAGAAGAAAAAAAAAACGUGUUUUGUGAAUUUUCCUCGACCCGGAGGUCGGGAGGAGGAGCGGGCGUGUCUCAUUUCUGUUCGCUGACGUUGAUGAGUUGAUAAAAUGGCCGUGAUUAAUGAGAGCCAUGUGACCAAUGAGCGCGAGAGACUUGUUCGAUUUUUACUUUAAAGAAGCGCGUGUGUGUUGAGAGGGGUGUGUGUGUGUGUGAGGGGUGUGUGUUUGCGUUAACAGAACAGAAGGAGGCUUUGAGGGAACAAACCUGGAAGUGGAAGUGCACACUACAGAGAACACACCUCGUCCAUCCUCGUCCUCUUCCACUUUGCACUCGUUUCCUCCCGCCGUGCUUCUCGAUCGAGUCCGGGAUAAAAACACGGAUCUGACUAUUAUUUAUUACGUCUAUAUUAAUAUUCUUUAUCAGUACUAAUAUAUUCCUGUAUGAAUUUCCAUCAGUUUGAUGAAUGAUUUCGGGAUAAAAGAAAAAUCGCGAUGCUGUUUAUCUUAUUUUUAAUGAUCAUUUCCUUCGUAUACCUCAAAUUGACGCGUUCAUCCUGUUUAAUUUCAGCUCCAGAUUCACGUUGAGUCGAAUUUGACUCCUGUGAUGAAUAAAAGGUUUUUUUAACACUCGACCAUCCUUUAAUUUCGAGACAACACUGUCGUUCUACCUCAAGGCCGAGGAACCGCACAGGUCCGGGUCCGGAGCAGUUCCCGAGCCCAGAUAGUAUCGGACGUGCCUUACACCAAUACCAAAUACACCGGACGUGAAACGAAUAUAUGAGAUCAGCGGAUUAGCGGAAGUGGGCUGGCGUACUUUACUGCAGCUCAUUAUGUUAAAUAAUUCGUUUUAUUUUUGCUGUUGUGAAUCCAGAGUGACCAGAGUUUUGGAAGCAAAGGAAUAAACCUGCAUCUCCAGCUGGACUGAUCGUGCCAACCCGAGAACUCGUCCCUGAGUAUCGUGCCAGAAAUCUUCAUCCUGCCUGAUUCGUUUGAUCUUUUCCACAACUGUGCCAGCUUCACAGGUCACUUUUUUGACCUGCUACUCCUUCCCAGUUUAGACAUUUCCACUUCCCACCAAACGAGUCCCUGUUUUAGGACGGCCACCAACCCGAGAGGUUUAACACGUGCUUAUUUUUUUGGAAGCAAAAUCAGCACAUGAACCGAACUGUACAGACGAAGUGUUGUUUAUAUCUUAGAUGAUUCUUAUUUUUACAGCUCCUGUCCCACAGCGCCCCUGACCCUUCUAAAUUCAGUAACUGGAGAUAUUGAUUUAUUUAUAUACUGUAUAUAAUAUUUGCACACUCUUUUGUCCUGGAAAAUUUAUCCAUAUUUAUUUCAAUUUACCAGAUUUUUACCCUAAUUUCCCCCCUUUCGUUCGUUCCUUUUUAUUUUCGGAUGUAUUCACUGGAUUCGGAGCAAUAACACUGAAUUCCACUGUUUCAUUUCUGCGUUUUUCCCUCACAUCCAUUCUCACGACUCUGUGCUCUUGCGUCCAUGGUUCUGGUUUACAGAAACGCUCAUCCAGACGUUUUUCCUUUCUGAAAUUCAUGCUUUGGAGUCAGAAGUACUUUGUUAGGGAAAAUUAAGGGCUGCACAUAAAACAAAUGAUUAAAUAAAAUUAUAUUUUAUUGUAUUUAUUUAACUGUUAUUUACCAAUCGGCUAAUUUAAUGUUGAGCUUCACGUUUGCUGUUUCAGAUUUUUGGUUCUUUAGAGAAAAUGAAAAAGCUGCUUUAUUUUCCACCGACACCCCCCACGUCUCUGUGAAUCCUGUGAGUCCCGGCGGUUCUGAACACUAAAUGUCAUGUUUUUCUUUUGUUCCUGGCAUGAUGGGAGUUGUUGGGUGGUUCGUGGUUUCGGAUUUUGCUUCUUGCGCUCCUGAGUUUUUGGUGUGAAGGCGAGCGCGUUCUUUAUUCACCCUGAAUUUCUUAAUGACUGAAGCAGCCGUGGGGAGACUUUUGUAAAUUAUUAUUUUUGGCUUUUCGAACAUGUUGUAAAUACGAUGGUGUACAGAGCUGUAUGUAUAAAGACCAGCAGUGAAAUGAGUUUCCUUUUACUCAGAAAGAAGUUCUUUUUUUUUCUCCAAAGCUUUUGAUGCAGAUGUUUGUAGCUUGGGUGGGUGACCGAGGGGUCUGGACGCUUGAUCGGUUCCUCUCUGUUCACCAAACACCUCUCUGAUUUGUCUAAUAAUUCAGAGGCAAUAAAGUUUUGGGGAGAGAAAGAA